AUGAAGACUACCGCUACCCUCUUCACCUCCGCGGUGCUGAUUGGCCUGGCUGCCGCCCAGCCUCGCGUCCACCAACACCACGCUCAUCUCCACCGUCGUGAAAACGAGCAGAAACGCAAUCUUGUCAUCGAGACCGCCUGGGUCACCGAAAUUGAGUACGUGACCAAGCUCGUCGACGAGACGACCACCCGGUGGAUCACGCCCACUCAAGAGACCAUCCCUGAGCCAGAGCCGACGACCAGUGAUCCUCCAGCAGUCUUUGCCGAGGAGCCCAAGGAGGAGACCACGGAGCAGCCCCAGCCCCAGACUACAGAGCAGCCCAAGGAGGAGCCCAAGCCUGCGCCACAGUCCGAGCCUCAGCCCGAACCUGAACCCCAGACCAGCUCUGAGAUCGAGCCCGAGACCACCCAGGUCUACGAGCCCCCUGCGCCCACAACCACCAUCCAGGAGGAGCCCGAGCCCGAGCCCAGUGCCAGCUCCCCUCCGUCGAACGGUGGUGGCAGCAGCGGUGGAUCGGUCCGCAAUGGUGAAAUCACCUAUUACACGGUCGGCCUCGGUGCUUGCGGCGAGGACGACGCAGGCAUGGACCAGGUGGAGAACAUUGUCGCUCUGUCCCACGAGCUGAUGGGCACCCAGUCCAACGGCAACCCCAUGUGCGGUCAGACCAUCACCAUCACCGUCGGCGGCAAGAGCGUCUCGGCGACUGUCCGUGACAAGUGCAUGGGUUGUGCUGUGAACGACAUUGACGUGUCUGAGAAGGUGUACAAGGAACUCUUUGAUGGCUCGCUCACGAGUGGCCGUCAACCCGCCAAGUGGUCUUUCGACAGCUACAGCGCUUAA